AUGGGCAAGAAAGCUGUUCACUUCGGUUCGGGCAACAUCGGCCGUGGCUUCGUUGCCUGCUUCCUCCACGAGUCGGGCUACGAUGUCAUCUUCGCCGAUGUCGUCGACAGCCUUGUCAACGCUAUCAACGACACCAAGUCGUACAAGGUGAUCGAGGUUGGUGCUGAGGGCACUGAUGUCAAGACAAUCACCAACUACCGCGCCAUCAACUCCAAGUACAACGAGGAGGAGCUCGUCAACGAGAUUUCCACCGCCGACGUCGUCACCUGCUCCGUUGGUCCCAACAUCCUCAAGUUCAUCGCCCCCGUCAUCGCCAAGGGUGUCGACAAGCGCUCGCACGACCUGGCCCCUCUGGCCGUCAUUGCUUGCGAGAACGCCAUCGGCGCCACCGACACGUUGGCGCAGCACAUCAAGGACCCCAAGAACACCCCCUCGCACCGCCUUGACGACCACCAUUUGAGAGCCGCAUACGCCAACUCUGCCAUUGACCGCAUUGUCCCCGCGCAAGAUGCCGACGCUGGCCUUGACGUCAAGCUUGAGAAGUUCUACGAGUGGGUUGUUGACAAGACCCCCUUCGAGCAGUAUGGUCAGAUCCCCACCAUCGACGGUAUCAAGUGGGUCGACAACCUUCUUCCCUACAUCGAGCGAAAGCUGUUCACUGUCAACACUGGCCACGCCACUGCCGCCUACCACGGCUACAACCGCAAGAAGCAGACCGUCGAUGAUGCGCUUCGUGACAAGGAGAUCAAGGCAGAGGUUGCUGCCGCCCUCGCAGAGACUAGCAAGCUCAUCGUCGAGAAGCACGGCAUCUCUGUCGAGGAGCAGGAGGCUUACAAGCAGAAGAUCAUCACCCGUAUCAGCAACCCCCACCUGGCUGACGCUGUUGAGCGUGUCGGCCGUGCCCCUCUGCGAAAGCUCAGCCGCAAGGAGCGAUUCAUCUCGCCUGCCGCCGAGCUUGCCGAGAAGGGCCACAGCAUCGACGCGCUGCUGUUCGCCGCCGAGAUGGCCUUCCGCUUCCAGAAUGUGGAUGGUGAUGACGAGAGCAAGGAGCUUGGCAAGAUCAUGGCCGAGCAGACGCCCGAGCAGGUGGUGAGCCAGGUCUGUGGUCUUCAACCUUCCGAGAAGCUCUACCCUCACGUGGUUGAGCUUGUGAAGAAGGUUCAGGCCGAUAGCUUGGAUUGA